UAAUUGCUUAUUACUCUCACACCACCACUGUCAUCAGUAUUACAUAUAGCCUUCUGCACCAUCCCCUUGUGCUGUCCCUCCCUUGCCCCCUUCCCUCGAGCUACUCAUUCGGCCAUGGAGAGACGGAGAAGAAGCAUCUGCACCGUCGUCGCGGCGGCGGUGGCGGUGGCAGCCAUGGUCGCCGUAAUGCCGGCCGGCGUGGCGGCGGACUUGUCGCCGGACUACUACAAGGCGUCGUGCCCGAGGCUGGAGUCGAUCGUGCGGUACGAGGUGUCGAGGAAGAUCAACGAGACGGUCGUCACCAUCCCGGCCGUCCUCCGGCUCUUCUUCCACGACUGCGUCGUCACGGGCUGUGACGCGUCGGCCUUGAUUUCGUCCCCACAUGACGACGCCGAGAAGGACGCGCCGGACAACAUGUCCCUCGCCGGCGACGGCUUCGACACCGUGAACCGCGUCAAGGCCGCCGUCGAGAGCGCGUGCCCCGGCGUCGUCUCCUGCGCCGACAUCCUCGCCCUCGCCGCCAGAGACGUCGUCUCCCUCGCGUCGGGGCCGUCGUGGCCGGUGGAGCUCGGGCGGCUGGACGGGCUGGUGUCGAGGGCGAGCGACGUCGAUGGCCAGCUGCCUGGGCCGGACAUGCACGUGAAUAAGCUCGCCGCCGUGUUCGACAGGCACGGGCUGUCCGUGCGCGACCUGGUGGCGCUCUCCGGCGCGCACACCGUCGGCUUCGCGCACUGCACCCGCUUCGCCGGCCGGCUGUACAACCACAGCGCCGGCGAGCCGACGGACCCGUCCAUGAACAAGGACUACGCGGCGCAGCUCAUGGAGGCGUGCCCGCGCGACGUCGGCAAGACCAUCGCCGUCAACAUGGACCCCGUCAGCCCCAUCGUCUUCGACAACGUCUACUACACCAACCUCGUCAAUGGCCUCGGCCUCUUCACCUCCGACCAGGUGCUCUACGCCGACGCCUCCACGAGGGACACCGUCAAGGACUUCGCCGCCGACCAGGCCGCCUUCUUCGAGGCCUUCGUGAGCUCCAUGGUCAAGCUGGGGAGGCUAGGGGUCAAGGCCGGCAAGGAUGGAGAGGUCAGGAGAGUCUGCACUGCAUUCAACCACUAGAUGGAAGCAGCAGCAGCUGCAGCAGCAGCAGCGAAAUGUAACUCAGAUUAUGUGGCUCUGAUGAGUUUUGAUUCUUUUGCAUAAAGUUUUCCAAAAAGUUUGAGCGUCUUCUUCCUUUCUUUCUUCUUGUGUUGCAUGUUGGUUUUCAAUGCAUUUUUGUACAGACUGAAGAGUGUAAUACGUACCGUGGAUACAUUGAGGAUACUCUCAAUUGAAACGAUUAACCAGAUGGAUAGGGAUAAUAAAAGGGAAAUUGAUUAUUUUGACUU